UUGGCAGACUGAGCUCAGAUCCUGGCUCCUCCCUUCGACAUAGAAGUUUCAUCAGUUUCCCGGGCUGCAUCCACAAACUGUCAUAAACCUGUCCUGUCGCUAAGAGGGGAAGCAAGAGAAAGAGAAAAGGCCUAGACAAUGUUAUUAUCCAAAAAUAGAGGUGUAUUUGCGAGUCUUUGUUUGUGGAGUAUCUUAUUCUUGAGUGUCAAUGCGAAGACGAAGAAGAAAGACGAGACCCAGUCGAUGAACGACAUCUACCGAGGGAGAUGCGCUUCUAGGUGCCUCAGCUUGCACAGCACUCGCAUAGCGACGCUCUCCAAACAAUCUCAGGUUGAGGUAAGGCCAAAACAAGCGCGCGAGCAUGCUACUGUCUUCAUGGAAUAAAGUGAAAGUUGGAUCAAACGCAGGCAAUCCGAUUUGUUCUACUGCAUUAUAUAAUAUUCCCUUUACUUUUUAUGCGUAAAUGAAUUAAUAAACAAGAAUGUGCUUGAAAUAGACCAUCGCAUUAAUGAUGAGGACAUGUUUGUUUUUCUUGUUUUUCUAAUUUUGUUGAUUAUUAUCUGAUAACUGAUGUUUUGUUUUUGGCCUCACAAUAACUACUUUAGAUUUGGUAUGUGUGCAAACUAGACAAUAUUUGGAGACAAUUCAGUAUCAUGUUCUGACAGAGGAAACUGACUAGACACUGUACUCCUCAUUAGAAUGUUCUCUUUACCAUGUCCCAUUUUUAAAAUCUGACUCUGCAUUGAGAAGUGGAGCAACCUACUGGCUGAUGGAGAAGGGGAGAGAGAGAGGCUUGUUAUCCUAAUUAGGUCCAUACCAAGCCCUUCACUACCCCUCCAGUCCCAAGCCUAUGACACUGUGACUGAGCCAACCAGUUCACAUGAUCAAGUUCAUGUCCUCGUCCUCCUUGGAUGACAUACAGUACAUGGAGAUAACUAAUCCUUAGCAGUGAACAUGCCCAGUUACCCACUAUUCAGCCUCAGGAUUUGGAAGGAUGGCCCCGCGAGAAUACCCACUAGUAUACUCCCACAUAGUAGUCCUAUAUAGUUUACUGAAUGAAUUGAUCCAUAGGGAAUAUGGAAUGGUAAACUAGUGAGACACAUAGCUAUGGUUUAUUAUCACGGGUCUGGAACUGCACUGACAUCACAUCAUUAGCCACACUGUCAUGCACUCGUGACCUCUCUAAGGGUCAGGAUGUGACCUUUAACCUGUUUAAUCACUACUUCCCACAGAUCAUGUAGCAGGGUCGAUUUUAGAUUGCAGGGGCAGUCCAGCUAUUCUCUCUGUGGUGGAAUUCCUGUCAUAGAUCAAAUCUAUCCAUUGUAGGAGUGGGUAGGAUACUAUGUCAUGUUAGCCUAUAUAAUGGCAAAUUAUCAUUGCCAGACUUGGGUAUACCUACGCUUCAGCUAUACGUUUUCACCUUUUUGGCACAUGUGCAUCAAUUCGACACAGUAAUGGACAUGAAGCAUAUUGUUUGGAAGGUCUCUGUUGGCAAUGUGCUGGAAGCAGCCAUGGAAUUACAUCUUGGUACAGAUUGUUGAAUCUAUCGUAAACUUUCCAUAUUGGAAAGUCCCUUUCUGAGAUUUGAUGGAAACUUUUUAAUAUGACAAUCUACUCCAGACAGUGAAUUAAAAUGAUGUUAAUGUCACCAUCAGUCUGGGUUGUAGUUGUUGGACAGGACCAUUAGUCUGCUUUGAGGUGGUUAAAACUUAGGGCUGCAUCCCAAAUGACACCCAUUCCCUAUGUAGUGCACUACUUUUUACCAGGGCCCAUAGGGCUCUGGUCAAAGGUAGUGCACUAUAUAAGGAAUAGCGUGCCAUUUGGGACGUAGCCUUGCCCUUGAUUUCCAGUCUUUCACAUUCAAUAUUUCUGAAACAAUUGUCUGACUUGUGAGAUUAGUUCUGACUUGCGUCAGAGGUUAUAUUGUGCUCCAUUCAUUUAGUCAGUGACAUAACAAAAAUGCCCUUAUCUGUCCUGACUUUCAUGUCCCUUGGGCUGCCAUAGUAGCCUUCAUAACAUGGGUAUGACUCAUUGUCUGAGUCCCAAAUGGUACUCUAUUCCCUUCCUAGUGCGCUACUUUUGACCAGAGCCCUAUAGGCCCUGUUCAAAGGUAGUGCACUAUAAUAGGAAUAUGAUGCAGACAUUCAUUGACCUGAUAAUGACAGAGGUCAGGUGACUAUCUGUCUUUAGCCGGCACUGGAUACAGUGGUCUUUUCUGCCCACAACCACCCCUCCCAGACCCUUGCGCCUGCACUGGACAGAGGAAGGCCAGGGUGCCUUUGACUGGCCUGCGCGGUCUUCUCAGACGUUAGGUCACUUUCUUUACCACUCCAAAAGUUGUGUUGCUAACAUUAAUUGGUAAAAAGCGUGUUUGUACACUUUGGACUUUUGUUACAUUGUAGUUAAGAUAAUAGUUAAGACUUUUUUCCACUGCACUACAUGUUUUGUGUUAUGUAAUUAUACUUCAUAAUAGAAACUGAAAUACUGACUGUCCUCUUCUCUCCCUAGUAAUUAUACUACUGACUGUCCUCUACUCUCCCUAGUAGUUAUACUACUGACUGUCCUCUACUCUCCCUAGUAAUUAUACUACUGACUGUCCUCUACUCUCUACUCUCCCUAGUAAUUAUACUACUGACUGUCCUUACUCCACUAGUAAUAACUACUGACGUCCGCUACUCUCCCUAGUAAUUAUACUACUGACUGUCCUCUACUCUCUAUCUCCCUAGUAUUAUACUACUGACUGUCCUCUACUCUCCCUAUAAUUAUACUACUGACUGUCCUCUACGCUCUACUCUCCCUAGUAAUUAUACUACUGACUGUCCUCUACUCUCCCUAGUAGUUAUACUACUGACUGUCCUCUACUCCCCCUAGUAAUUAUACUACUGACUGUCCUCUACUCUCCCUAGUAAUUAUACUACUGACUGUCCUCUACUCUCCCUAGUAAUUAUACUACUGACUGUCCUCUACUCUCUACUCUCCCUAGUAAUUAUACUACUGACUGUCCUCUACUCUCCCUAGUAAUUAUACUACUGACUGUCCUCUACUCUCCUCCCUAGUAAUUAUACUACUGACUGUCCUCUACUCUCCCUAGUAAUUAUUCUACUGACUGUCCUCUACUCUCCCUAGUAAUUUAUACUACUGACUGUCCUCUACUCUCCCUAGUAAUUAUACUACUGACUGUCCUCUACUCUCCCUAGUAAUUAUACUACAGACUGUCCUCUACUCUCCCUAGUAAUUAUACUACUGACUGUCCUCUACUCUCCCUAGUAAUUAUACUACUGAUGUCCUCUACUCUCUACUCUCCCUUAGUAAUUAUACUACUGACUGUCCUCUACUCUCCCUAGUAAUUAUACUACUGACUGCCUCUACUCUCUUUCUCCCUAGUAAUUAUACUACUGACUGUCCUCUACUCUUCUCCCUAGUAAUUAUACUACCACUGUCCCCUACUCUCCCUAGUAUUAAAACUACUGACUGUCCUCUACUCUCCCCUAGUAAUUAUACUACUGACUGUCCUCUACUCUCCCUAGUAAUUAUACUACUGACUGUCCUCUACUCUCCCUAGUAAUUAUACUACUGACUGUCCUCUACUCUCCCUAGUAAUUAUACUACUGACUGUCCUCUACUCUCUUCUCUCACUAGUAAUUAUACUACUGACUGUCCUCUACUCUCCCUAGUAAUUAUACUACUGACUGUCCCUACUCUCCCUAGUAAUUAUACUACUGACUGUCCUCUACUCCUACUCUCCCUAGUAAUUAUACUACUGACUGUCCUCUACCUCUCCCUAGUAAUUAUACUACUGACUGUCCUCUACUCUCUAUUCUCUCCUAGUAAUUAUACUACUGACUGUCCUCUACUCUAUUCUCCCUAGUAAUUAUACUACGACUGUCCUCUACUCUCCCUAGUAAAUUAUACUACUGACUGUCCUCUACUCUCCCUAGUAUUAUACUACUGACUGUCCUCUACUCUCCCUAGAAAUAAACUACUGACUGUCCUCUACUCUCUACUCUCCCUAGAAAGUUAUACUACUGACUGUCCUCUACUCUCCCUAUAAUUAUACUACUGACUGUUCUCUUUUACUCUCCCUAGUAAUUAUACUACUGACUGUCCUCUACUCUCCCUAGUAAUUAUACUACUGACUGUCCUCUACUCUCCCUAGUAAUUAUUCUACUGACUGUCCUCUACCCUCUACUCUCCCUAGUAAUUAUACUACUGACUGUCUCUACUCUCCCUAGUAAUUAUACUACUGACUGUCCUCUACUCUCCCUAGUAUUAUACUACUGACUGUCCUCUACUCUCCCUAGUAAUUAUACUACUGACUGUCCUCUACUCUCCCUAGUAAUUAUACUACUGACUGUCCUCUACUCUCCCUAGUAAUUAUUCUACUGACUGUCCUCUACUCUCUACUCUCCCUAGUAAUUAUACUACUGACUGUCCUCUACUCUCCCUAGUAAUUAUACUACUGACUGUCCUCUACUCUCCCUAGUAAUUAUACUACUGCUGUCCUCUACUCUCUAUUCUCCCUAGUAAUUAUACUACUGACUGUCCUCUACUCUCCCUAGUAAUUAUUCUAUUGACUGUCCUACUCUCUACUCUCCCUAGUAAUUAUACUACUGACUGUCCUCUACUCUCCCUAGUAAUUAUACUACUGACUGUCCUCUACUCUCCCUAGUAUUAUACUACUGACUGUCCUCUACUCUCUAUUCUCCACUAGUAUUAUCUACUGACUGUCCUCUACUCUCCCUAGUAAUUAUACUACUGACUGUCCUCUACUCUCCCUAGUAAUUAUACUACUGACUGUCCUCUACUCUCUUCUCUCACUAGUAAUUAUACUACUGACUGUCCUCUACUCUCCCUAGUAAUUAUACUACUGACUGUCCUCUACUCUCCCUAGUAAUUAUACUACUGACUGUCCUCUACUCUCUACUCUCCCUAGUAAUUAUACAACUGACUGUCCUCUACUCUCCCUAGUAAUUAUACUACUGACUGUCCUCUACUCUCUAUUCUCCCUAGUAAUUAUACUACUGACUGUCCUCUACUCUAUUCUCCCUAGUAAUUAUACUACCGACUGUCCUCUACUCUCCCUAGUAAUUAUACUACUGACUGUCCUCUACUCUCCCUAGUAAUUAUACUACUGACUGUCCUCUACUCUCCCUAGUAAUUAUACUACUGACUGUCCUCUACUCUCUACUCUCCCUAGUAGUUAUACUACUGACUGUCCUCUACUCUCCCUAGUAAUUAUACUACUGACUGUCCUCUACUCUCUACUCUCCCUAGUAGUUAUACUACUGACUGUCCUCUACUCUCCCUAGUAAUUAUACUACUGACUGUUCUCUACUCUCCCUAGUAAUUAUACUACUGACUGUCCUCUACUCUCCCUAGUAAUUAUUCUACUGACUGUCCUCUACUCUCUACUCUCCCUAGUAUUAUACUACUGACUGUCUCUCUACUCUCCCUAGUAAUUAUACUACUGACUGUCUUCUACUCUCCCUAGUAAUUAUACUACUGACUGUCCUCUACUCUCCCUAGUAAUUAUACUACUGACUGUCCUCUACGCUCACUAGUAAUUAUACUACUGACUGUCCUCUACUCUCCCUAGUAAUUAUUCUACUGACUGUCCUCUACUCUCUACUCUCCCUAGUAAUUAUACUACUGACUGUCCUCUACUCUCCCUAGUAAUUAUACUACUGACUGUCCUCUACUCUCCCUAGUAAUUAUACUACUGACUGUCCUCUACUCUCUAUUCUCCCUAGUAAUUAUACUACUGACUGUCCUCUACUCUCCCUAGUAAUUAUACUACUGACUGUCCCUCUACUCUCCCUAGUAAUAAUAUCCUACUGACUGUCCUCUACUCUCUUCUCUCACUAGUAAUUAUACUACUGACUGUCCUCUACUCUCCCUAGUAAUUAUACUACUGACUGUCCUCUACUCUCCCUAUAAUUAUACUACUGACUGUCCUCUACUCUCUACUCUCCCUAGUAAUUAUACUACUGACUGUCCUCUACUCUCCCUAGUAAUUAUACUACUGACUGUCCUCUACUCUCUAUCUCCCUAGUAAUUAUACUACUGACUGUCCUCUACUCUAUUCUCCCUAGUAAUUAUACUACCGACUGUCCUCUACUCUCCCUAGUAAUUAUACUACUGACUAUAAUACUGACUGUCCUCUACUCUCUACUCUCCCUAGUAGUUAUACUACUGACUGUCCUCUACUCUCCCUAGUAAUUAUACUACUGACUGUUCUCUCUACUCUCCCUAGUAAUUAUACUACUGACUGUCCUCUACUCUCCCUAGUAAUUAUACUACUGACUGUCCUCUACUCUCCCUAGUAAUUAUUCUACUGACUGUCCUCUACUCUCUACUCUCCCUAGUAAUUAUACUACUGACUGUUCUCUACUCUCCCUAGUAAUUAUACUACUGACUGUCCUCUACUCUCCCUAGUAAUUAUACUACUGACUGUCCUCUACUCUCCCUAGUAAUUAUACUACUGACUGUCCUCUACUCUCACUAGUAAUUAUACUACUGACUGUCCUCUACUCUCCCUAGUAAUUAUUCUACUGACUGUCCUCUACUCUCUACUCUCCCUAGUAAUUAUACUACUGACUGUCCUCUACUCUCCCUAGUAAUUAUACUACUGACUGUCCUCUACUCUCCCUAGUAAUUAUACUACUAAACUGUCCUCUACUCUCUACUCUCACUAGUAAUUAUACUACUGACUGUCCUCUACUCUCCCUAGUAAUUAUACUACUGACUGUCCUCUACUCUCUACUCUCCCUAGUAAUUAUACUACUGACUGUCCUCUACUCUCCCUAGUAAUUAUUCUACUGACUGUCCUCUACUCUCUACUCUCCCUAGUAAUUAUACUACUGACUGUCCUCUACUCUCCCUAGUAAUUAUACUACUGACUGUCCUCUACUCUCCCUAGUAAUUAUACUACUGACUGUCCUCUACUCUCUAUUCUCCCUAGUAAUUAUACUACUGACUGUCCUCUACUCUCCCUAGGAAUUAUUCUAUUGACUGUCCUACUCUCUACUCUCCCUAGUAAUUAUACUACUGACUGUCCUCUACUCUCCCUAGUAAUUAUACUACUGACUGUCCUCUACUCUCUAUUCUCCCUAGUAAUUAUACUACUGACUGUCCUCUACUCUCCCUAGUAAUUAUACUACUGACUGUCCUCUACUCUCCCUAGUAAUUAUACUACUGACUGUCCUCUACUCUCUACUCUCCCUAGUAAUUAUACUACUGACUGUCCUCUACUCUCCCUAGUAAUUAUACUACUGACUGUCCUCUACUCUCCCUAGUAAUUAUACUACUGACUGUCCUCUACUCUCUUCCCUCCCUACAGAACAAUGGAUCCCUGGGCUGGUGUCAAAAUCAUAAGCAGUGUGCCAAGGUAACGUACUGAUGUUUACAUGCAUACCUAUUACCUAACAUGAUAGAAAUCACACAAACGGAAUAAUCUAUUUUCAGACAGGAAAAGCUUUCAGGGAAAGUCAGCAGCUGAACAAAUAGCAUGAUAAAUCAUUGCCAUAGUCUUAGUCAUAGUGGUUCCUACCCAGUACUCUAUGUACCAUUCAAUACCAUAUAUCACUAUAUCAGCUAAUAUACUGCAGCUAGCUAUGUACUGUACCUCUGUAGAUCAUAGAGCCUAAAUAAUAUACAAUCACAAAGUAUAGCGACAGGUGCUUUAGAUGGAUGCUUGGCUGUUAAGCUCUUAGUCUCUCCACUUUUUAUUCUGCAUAUCCCUCUCUGGAAGUCAUAAUUGUCUUUAGGUAAAGAGCUGCACUCAUUUUUGGUAAUGAGCACAGUAACAUUCUCUAACAGCCCUUCAGUAUAGUAUCCCCACAGUGUACAGAAGUGAAGCUGACAUGUUGCCUUUGUGAUUAUUCCACAAGCUUCAGUAUACUGUAGUAUACAAAAAUAGAAUGGUUGCACAGUUGUCAUAUCUCAUGACGCAAACAGCAGUCAAAUACCAUCAUGAACAAUAUUAUCUCAUGUUUUUGAUCAACUGAAUGCUGUUUUUUCAAUAACACAUUCACACUCGUAGCUAUUUAUUCUGAAGCCACAUUCCUAAUUAGUUUGGAAUUGUCUUUGUGACUGUAUUGUUACUUUGUUUACUACAGUAUAAUACUCUGGCUAGUUGUGUGUUUGUGUCACCAUAUGGGAGAUGAGCACAACCACACACGUCUCUCUCUGUGACAGACAGACACACCCCAGGGUAGGCUUGCAGCAGAAACACAGUCAGCCAGGCGCUGACCUCUCUUGGUGGGUCCAUGAAAACAUUUGGCCAACUGCUCAGCAGAUUUCUCCAGAACUCCAGAGAGCGUUUUCACUCAAACUUUAAACCAGGUCAAUCCUUGUAGCAUGAUAGCAUCCUCUACACUAGGUCCAUGUAAAAUAGCCUGGAACCAAAACAGAUAUGCUAUGUUUUUAUAUCAGUUUGGAUACCAGGCUACAGAGAAUAAGAUGUCAGCGCUUUCCUUGUUUUCUUGAAGAGUGAUAAUGCUAUUUUAUUCUCGUUAAGAAAGUAAUAAUAAUAUUUUAUUCUCGUUAAGAAAGAACACAGCCAAUUAGAAUCCUCUUCGUUGUAGAAUGUUCAUUACACGGCAGCUAAUUGCCAAAUUAGAGGCUCUGAAGUGGAGAUGAAGAAUACAUUUAUUCUAACUAAGGAGAUCUUAAUGUCUCUGCAGUCUCACUUUAAAAGUAAACUUGCUUUGCUUUCAGUGCAGUUAUGUGUCACCAAUGGUUUGGUAUAUCACUACAACUCAACAUUAGAUUUGAUAGGCUGCCCAAGGAUUUCAGUCUGAUUUAAGGUGUUCCGGAAAUGUCACUACCUACUAUGUAAGCAGUAGUUCCAGCUCAACCACAAAAUUAGAAGUCAGACCCUCAUGUUUUGCAAUAUUUGAUUACAGGAGAUUAUUUGUUUCGCUGCAUAAGCCAUCGCAUGUCUGCAUCAAGCAAGUGGCUCAUUUGGUUAUUGCUUGCAGCAGUGUUUACGGCCACACUGAAAGUCCACCCACAACUUAUCGGAGACAAAAACAGUGCUGCCAUUUUAAAGCCCUCAAUGAUUACAUCCAGUAGAGCUAUGAUAAUGUUUGGUCACAAUUGUCAGAUCAUCCUGUACUUUGCCCAUGCAUACUCAGCCUCAUGUUGUCUCUAUGGACCUCCCUGGUAAUGAUGAGUGACUGUUAAUCCGCCUGUCACUAUCUCCUCGAGGCAGCCAGUCAAUUAAGGCUACUAUAGAUGAUUACCAUAGUCUGUCAAAAUAGAGUCCGGUCACAUCUUCAUUUAAAGGCUUAGCAGGGGAUGACAGGAUGGCUUCAGUGCCUCAUUUAGGAGAGCCGUGGAUGGUCAUAAUUGCCAUGCUAUUACACUGGACUGCCUGUCAGCCUCUCAGCUCUGCUGAUAUGAAUGCUUAGUUGAAGUCAUUAUUUUUUAUCACCUCACGACAAGCCAAGGCCCCUUCAGAUUGGCGUUUAGGCAGCACUUUGGAGUCAUUAGUGUACUAACUAACACUUACUGGUCUAGCAGUUGGGAUGAUGUGCCCUAAGGACAAAAAAUAAGGCUGAAAUGGCACCCUAUUCCAUAUAUAGUGCACUACUUUUGACCAGAGCCCUAUGCAGGCAAUAGGGUGCCAUUUUUAACACGGCACAUUAAUGCAUCUUCUUCCUUCCACCACAGACAUGACCGUAUGAUAUAAUAAACAGUGUUAGGACUACAGAGAGGUGGAGAGCUGCAUGCGCUUGUCCUCUUGAGAAAGACUCUGGAACCCCCUCAAAGCCUGUUCAAUUUGUAGAAACAGGAAGGGAGAGACAAAGGCAGGGUCUCAUCUGGGCAUGGUAUCAAACACUGUUGUGUGCUACAGUAUAGCCAGGCUGCAUCCCAAAUGGCACCCUUUUCCCUAUUUAGUGCAUUUAUUUUGACCAGGGCCCAUAUGGCGCUGGUCAAAAGUAGUGCACUAUAUAUAGAGAAUAGCGUACCAUUUGGGACGCAGGCUCAGUCUACACCACCCAAAAAGAACAGCAGCUUUAUGCACGGUCAGCAGAGAAGUCACUGAGGCCAUUAUCUACUGACAUUCACAGAGGAGACGGUUCAAUCUCGUCCUACUACGUACAGAAAUGGCCAUGUGCACUCUGCUGGUGCUUUUCGUGGUUUCCCUUGUUCCUUUGUAAAACAGGGCAGGUUUUCCUGUGUUCAAAAUCAAGAGUAAGCAUUAUCGACUUUCAAAUGUCUAUCAAAUGUCGGCCAUCGAGGGGUAAUACUCCUUUGUCUUUUGCAAUCAGUGAAAGAGAAUCCUUAGAAUGUCUAGGAAUUGACAGAACACCUAUCAGAGUCCUAGAACUCUGCUUUAUUUGCGGUCGGUCCCUAGUGGAAAGGAAUGCUUGGUUUGAGUUUGAAAUGGGGCGGAAAACGAAGCGUAGCCGGCACGAUAAGAACGAGGAGACGAGAGAGUCUGAGCGUCAGUUGGGAUUAGAGGAAGAAUCUCCCGUUGGAGACCAGAGAAGGGAGAUAAGAGAUGACAGGACAAACAGGGACACUCGUAAUACAGAAUGGUACUAGGCUAUGUCAGGGAGACGAGGACCUAGACACGAUGUGAGAGCUUUAGACAUGCAGUACAUUGUAGUAUGGAGGGACUGUAGGAGAGAUAAAGCGAGGACAGGGUACUACAGGAGAGUAGAGGGGUUAAGAGAGCUAGUUGAAUGUUUGAGCAAUGUAUGAGCAUGUUACUGAAUGGGAAAGGGUACAACGUCAGGCUUUAGCAGUUUCAGGAUUUUCCUUCCAUACAAGUAGCAGUGGGCCUGGGGCGAGCUCGGCAGGGUAUCCGCGUUUCCCUCACCAUAAAGUGGGCACCUCAGCUGCAUUUAAAUGUGUGCCUCCUUCCUUCACAUUAUUCAGAGUUUCCGACAACUACCAUACCCUCCACCCCAUUCCACCCUUCACACAUUUGCUCACACACACACACACACACACACACACACACACACUUGCUCAUGUUUUCACAGCAGCUGAAGAUAAAUGUGUUUCCCAAACUCAUUCAGACCAAAACGUUGCCCCAGGAUAACUCCAAUCUUCACUCCACGCCUUGAAAACUUUCAACAACAGAUUGCAUGGUUGAGGCUUUCUCUACAAGGUUGUAGGAGUGAAUUGAACAUGCUGUUAUACUUGUGUCAAGGCAUAAGUAAGUAAGAAAUAAUAAGCAUACUGAGUUUAUAUACUGAACACAAAUAUAAACGCAACAUGUAGUGUUGGUCCCAUGUUUCAUGAGCUGAAAUAAAAGAUCCCCCGAAAUUUUCCAUACGCACAAAAAGCUUAUUUCGCUCAACUUUUGUGCACACGUGUUUAUAUCCCUGUUGGUGAGCAUUUCUCCUUUGCCAAGAUAAUCUAUCCACCUGACAGGUGUGGCAUAUCAAGAAACUGAUUAAACAGCAUGAUAAUUACAAAGGUGCACCUUGUGCUUAGGCCACUCUAAAAUGUGCAGUUUUGUCACACAACCCAAUGCCACAGAUGUCUCAAGUUUUGAGGGAGCAUGUAAUUGGCAUGCUGGCUGCAGGAAUGUCCACCAGAGUUGUUGCCAGAUAAUUGAAUGUUCAUUUAUCUACCAUAAUCCGCCUCCAACGUUGUUUUAGAGAAUUUGGCAGUACGUCCAACUGGCGUCACAACCGCAGACAACAUGUAACCACGCUAGCCCAGGACCUCCACAUCCGGCUUCUUCACCUGUGGGAUCGUCUGAGACCAGCCCCCCAGAUAGCUGAUAACACUGAGGAGUAUUUCUGUCUGUAAUAAAGCCCUUUUGUGGGAAAAACUCAUUCUGAUUGGCUGGGCCUGGCUCCCAAGUGGGUGGGCCUAUGCCCUCCCAGGCCCACGCAUGGCUGCGCCCCAUGUGAAAUCCAUAGAUUAGUGCGUAAUGAAUUUUAAAUUGACUGAUUGCCUUCUAUGAACUGUAACUCAGUAAAAUCGUUGAAAUUGUUGCAUGUUGCGUUUAUAUUUUUGUUCAGUAUAGUUAAACCUGGAUAAAGAGUGACAGCACAUAUCAGAUGGAAAUUGUUACUGUAAUAUGGUAACUUUCAAAUUACCCCUAGAGCCACCAGCCUUACUGUACAUUGCGAAUCAACAUUCCCCACUGCCUUUCCUCCAUGGCUACCAACCACUGUGUUUCAUAACAGCAUGAAAUUGGAAAUGUGAAUAUUCCCCUGGGCAGCCUAGCCUGGGUUACUCAUGCAGAAAGAGUGUCUCUCAGGGACAAGGACAGCAGUACAGAUCUACAAGCCGCUACAGGGAGCGCAUAGAUAACAAACACACUGUGGAAGAGUGGUGCUCUUUGAUUUUCAAACAUCCUAUUUAUUUCCCUUAUACUGAUGUUUUCCAAAGUAAAUGUGGGUCCAGCAGCCUGCUGUCCAGUUCUUUAGCCGUUCUCUUCUCGAGAGUCAGGAACAACGACAAGGCCACAGAUGUCAGAUGCAUACAAAGAUUCAUCCCAAUAAACGCCAAACUGCUAAAGUUUGUGGCAGCACUUUUUGCUGUUAUAUUGAGGGCGAUUGAGGGGAGAAGAAGUAUGCAAGGGAAAGUGUUCCGUUUCAACCUUUGAUGAUCCUGUAUAGUCUGUGAAGGACAUAGAAGUGAUUACUACUGUAUUUUUCUGAAUACCUUGGUGACACGUCUUUACUGUAAUAAUAAAAUCUCCUGUGGUGGCAUGGAAUGUGUGAUGAGCCCUCACCUCCAUCUCUGUUUCUCUCACCUUCAAAGUGCCUGGAACCAUGCAAGGCCUCUUGGGACCUGAAGAGGAGCCAGUGCCGGGAGCUCUGUGCGGUAUGAUGACUUAUGACAGCCUCGUACUACGUUAAGUUAGGGGGGGAGGAAUGCACUGAGGAGAGGCUUCAUGUGGAGAGGCUAAAUUAGUAGAGUUCAGUUCAGAUUCUCCUCCACAUAAUUUUGUUGUGCACAAGUAGUCAGACACAGGCAUCUUUUACCUCAGUGCUUCCUCAAUUUCCUCACUCAGUCGAAAGUAAUCAGAAACAACUUUUUCCUACGAUUUCUACACAGUUUUGGUUCUGUUAUUUUAGUAGUAAAGCAUCUGUGCUUUCUAACACUUCUCUCUCUCUCUCCCCCCAAUCCUCCACGCCAGCGCUCAAUUCCCAAGAAGCACUGGGAGUGUGUGACGAGUUGUGAGUUCCUGCGCUCGGUGGUGGCAGUGAAGCAGGGUGACUGCCCUGCCCCUGAGAAGGCCAGCGGAUUCGCGGCGGCGUGCGUGGAGGGAUGCGAGGAGGACAGCGAGUGCCCUGCCAAGAAGAAGUGCUGUUCCAACGGCUGUGGGCAUACCUGCCAACCUCCCAAGAACCUUUACAAAGGUACAGCAACCUCCAGUACACACAGUAUGUUUAGGAAAAUAGACAGGAAACUACAGUAGGUCCUUUUUUUGUUUGUUGGUUACAACCAAUAUACUAUCUGCAACCAAUUUGCGGGCCAAUUCAAAGAUGAGAUAAGAAACUCAAACUUUUGCUUAGAUAAUUCACUGAUGUCAAUGGAAGACAUGGAAUUUAGAAUUAAGCGUGCAGAGUUCAGAAUUAACCUAAUACGCAUGUGGGCGGCAGGUAGCCUAGCGGUUAAGAGCAUUGGGCUAGUAACUGAACGUUUGCUGGUUCGAAUCCCUGAGCCGACUAGGUGAAAAAUCUGCUGAUGUGCCCUUGAGCAAGGCAUCUAACUAAUUGCUCUGAAUAAGAGCGGCUGCUAAAUGACAAAAAAAUAAUGAUUUCAUGUAACCUUUGACCUUGAAAUGACCCACUUCACCCUUCCAGGAGCCCCUCUGAAGCCCAGGAAGGAACUGAGUUUUGAGGAGCUGAGGUCUGGUCAGAUGGAGGUGAGCUGGUCCUCCCGAUUCAACGUGUCGGCCGAGCCGGUCAUCUACGUGGUCCAGAGGAGGUGGAACUACGGAAUCCAACCCAGUGAGGAUGCUGCUACACAGUGGGAGGUGGUAGCACAGGUUAGUCAGACUUUUUGAUGCUUACUUAUUGAUACUGUAUGUAGUUGAUUAUAAGGGGACAAAUGUAUGUAAUCUACUUAGAAUUCAAUGUGUGGCAAUGUAUUGAUUGUUCAUGAAGUUGAACAACUCUCUGUCUCUGUUUUGCUCUCUCUCUCCCCCCCCUCCCCCCAGACCACGGAGGUGAAAGCGCGGCUUGCUGAUAUCCGGGCAGGCCGGUGGUACCAGUUCAGAGUGGCAGCAGUGAACGUCCACGGGACCAGAGGGUUCACCACUCCCAGUCGCCACAUCCACACCAAGAAAGGUCAGGCAGAGUGUCUGUGAGUUUGUUUGUUUGUGUGUGUGAGCUGGCUGGCUUAAACACCCUGGGGUGAUAUUGCACUGACUGUAAUGAAGAUGAAUACAUUGGCUUUUGGCCAUUUCUGAAGUGCUGUAUUGUGGCUUUUGGCCAUUUCUGAAGUGCUGUAUUGUGGCUUUUGGCCAUUUCUGAAGUGCUGUAUUGUGGCUUUAGCCCCCUAGAGCUGUAAUACCUUCCAGUCAAUAUAUGAAUAGCUUUAAUAGACAGUUACUUAACCUUAAUGUAUUUGGCAGCUGUAAUGUGCGGUGUGGGUUAGCUGUGCUGCAUUUGUCAGUGAGAAUGCCUCCAUGAUUGAUUAACCUUUUUACUGCAGUGGGCUAAAUCAGGGUCACACAGAGUGAUUCCUGGGAGUCUUAAACACAUUUUGACAAGAAACACCGGAUUUUCGGCGGGUUUCUGAAAUAAUGUUUAUUAAUUAUGAAAUUAUGAAAAAUAUUAAUAACAUUCUACCCAUGAUGCAACAAAGUCAUUUGACUGCAGGAAAGGGCUACUGAUGUCUACAUCAGACCAAUGACACCUGAUUGAUUAAUAAUGUAUUCACCAGACCCCUCCAGUCCCCCCACCCCAUCUGAGCUGAGGGUGUCCAAUGUGACCUUUGGCCCCGGCGGCAGGGCGGUGUCGGUCCGGCUGCACUGGUCCAUCCCCUCAGACCUGGAUGUCCCUGUACACCACUACAAGGUGUCCUGGAGCUGGGCCACAGGCAGCACAGGGGCCACAGCACGACCUAAGACCAAGAGGAGGAAGAUGGUCAAUGGGGUAAGUCAUAGAGUAAGUCCCCUACACUGACAUGUUGGGCCCAUGGGUUAGGUCAGUCAUACCCAUAUAAAUGGAAUGACGUGGUCUAAGGGGCUUUGGCGGUCUAGUCAUUCUAUUUCCAUGGUCAAAGCCUUUUAGAAAAAAAGGCGCUAUCUAGAACCUAAAAGGGUUCUUCGGCUGUCCCCAUAGGAGAACCCUUUGAAGAACCCUUUUUGGUUCCAGGUAGAACCCUUUUGGGUUCCACGUAGGACCCUUUGAACAGAAGGUUCUAUGUGGAACCAAAAAGGGUUCUAUCUGGAACCAAAAAGGGUUAUCCUAUGGGGACAGCCAUAGAACCCUUUUUUCUAAGAGUGUACCUACCCUGACAUGUAGGCACUCAUUAACAUGGGACAUUCCCUGGGACAAUGUACAGUGGAAGCCUGUUGUUUCAGAGCCAGUUUCUUUCCUCAAGCCACAACAAAUGUAAUGGAAGGAUACACAAUGGGAGUGUGUGUGGCUUUGAUGACAUAAACCCUCCAAUCUGAUGGUGCUUAGUGCUUACACACCAAACCAAGCAAUUGUAUAGUUGUCGCCUCUGGCAAAUUAAUCACAGAUUGAUGCUAUUAAAUAGCCAAAAUCUGCAUUAUCUUAUGAGCUCACGUCUGUUUUGGGAAAAUGACAUUUUCCCGGCAAGUUAUUACUGUGGUUAUUGGACCUACUUUGUACCUUUUGUUGUGUGGAUAUAGAGGAUACAGAACGGUCUUUCUGACCCUAUAACCCCUCUGUCCUGUAUAUGUAUCCAGGGGCAGAGGUAUGUGGAGCUGGAGAGUCUGCGAGCUAACAGGAGUUACAGUGUGGAGCUACAGGCCGUGUCCUACUGGGGACAGAACCCACUGAAAAGUCCAAAGGCCAGCCUGCACUUCACCACACGACCCAGUACGUCAACAACAGUCAAAGCUUAUCAACUGUCAUUUGUUAAGGAAAAUAUUUGAUAAUUAGGCUCGCCAUAUUCUGGAAACGUUCUCAAAGUUCUCAGGUUUUUCCAGAAAUCCCGGUUGGAGGAUUUUUACAGAAUAUUUACCCAGUAUAUCGAGGUUGGAUGCGUGAUAUGUUUGCAUCUGAUAUAACAUCGCUUUCUUCCCAUUUCCAUUGUUGCACAAUCAGGGGAGGAGCAGACGUCUGGCGCGCGCCCGGUCCCCGUCCCCGGGGGCUUUAUCCCUGAUGUGUUGGAUGUGGGCACCCCCUUCUACCAGGAUGGCCAGCUGCAGGUCCGGGUCUACUGGCAGAGGAGCACAGGUAUGCAGGUGGAGACCCAGACACAGCCACACACACAAACAUGCACACACGCGUUAAUGAACGCACGCACGCAUAGGCGCACACACACACACGCAAGCAUGCUUGCACGCGCACACACACACACACACAUGUGCAUUAACCCACGCAUGCAACACCCACACACACACACACAUUUGAUUUGGCCUUUGACAAAAGCAGUGUGGCUGAGGAAAUAAUCCUCUAACCACCACCUCCCUAUCGUAAUGUAAACAGAGAGAUUAUCGUAAAUGUACAGGAUGCUUGUGGGUAAUUAAACAUGAAACAAAAGGCUGCUUUGUUACAAGCUGAUAAGAUGCACAGAUGUACAUCCUGAAUCCUGUUCAUGCAGGAACAUGAGCACAGUAAGCUAGCAUCGCUGACUCACUGGGCUACCCACAGCACACACACUGGGCUACCCACAGCACACACACUGGGCUACCCACAGCACACACACUGGGCUACCCACAGCACACACACUGGGCUACCCACAGCACACACACUGGGCUACCCACAGAGCCAACUGAGGAACAGCUUCUCUUACAUUUUGCGUCAAAGAAUCUGUUCUGUCUAAACAAGUUGAGCUUUAUAGAAGUGAACCAUUGACUCUUAUUUUGAAAGGCCAAUGUGUGCUUUGUCACCAGUGUUAUGAGACAAAUCAGCAGUUGAUUGAUGAUGAAUUGAUUGAUACUACUUUCCAUCUCUCUCAGAUCCCACUGUAGUUCGGUAUCGUGUCCAGUGGGUACCAGAUUACUGUGGACACAACCAGACCAAAGGAGUGGACAAGAUCAUCACACAGGUAACCAGUUUCAUUCAGCCGAUUUAUGGUGAAACUUCAAGUAAUAUAAAGGGUAUCUAUCUCUAUUGGAGUUACAGUAUAGGGUGCUCUCAUCAUAUGUGUCCGCUGUCUUUAACCUCUUAUAGGAGGGCUUUGCCAGCCUCCCUGGCCUGCUCUUCUCCUGUAAGUACAGCGUGAACCUCCAGCCACUUGGUACUAAGGGACGUGCCCAGGCAGAAACCACCUUCUUCUUCACCCCCUCCUGUGCCACCAUCAGCGCCAAGAGCCCCAAACACAUCGCCUGUCCAGGGCAGGAAGGUGAGACACCACUGACCACCCAAAGAUGACUUUGUCACUUUGUCAUUGACCUAGUGAACCUUCACAUUUCCAUUGGUGUAACGCUCUAUGUUUAAGAUCAACUACAUUGAAGUUGGACUGUGUAGAAUCACUGAUCUACAUAUCACCUUGCAUCCUAAAUAACUAGUAAUUAUGUGAUCAAGAUUAGAGAUUCUGCGCUUCGCUUUGCUCAAACUGAUCCCCUCAAACACUAUGUUUGUCCCAUAGGACCCUCUCCUACUCCUCCUCCCAAGGUGCUGUCCAAGGCAGAAAACCUGACCGCCUCCUUCAUGGCCGACAAGGGUAACAUCACAGCUGUGUUUACAUGGGAGGUGUCUACGCCACUCCCACCCCAACAGCUCCACGGGUUCCAGGUCACAUGGGCGGAAGUGACCUCAGCCAGUAGCCAUAACAACCUUCCCAACAGCCUAAUCUCACAGUCCCAGAUACUACCACCAGUAAGUCCACCAGUAUAAACCCGAAUAGUGCUGUCCCAGUGGGCACAGACGUCAAUUCAACGUCUAUUCCACGUUGGUUCAACAUAAUAUCGUUGAAAUGACGUGGAAACAACGUUGAUUCAACCAGUGUGUGCUCAGUGGGGUGCCACCAUAUACUGGAACCCCAUAUCAACUCAACGAAUUAGCCCACCUUUAUGCAACAAAUCUAACCAUUUGUCUCAGUAAAUCAAAACCCUGUAAUAACCAACAAAUGUCUAAGUAAUCCAUUUUCAUUUUCACAAAUUCCCAUGAUUUGUUGUGAUUUAAAUAAGUAGCUUCACGGAAUAGGGUGGUAGUGUAGUAGAGGAAGGUGACCAAAACAUCCAUAUAGGAAAAAGCCAACCAGUUCCCCCUUUUAACAAUUAAUGAGCCCCUGCAUUGCUGUCUUCCCUGUUCUCUCAGGAGCGUAAUGUCCUGGUAGUGUCAGGUCUGCAGCUAGCUACCCCCUACAGGCUGGAGAUCCAGGUGAUUGGAGCAGGAGGGGAGGGUCCUGCCACCACCAAGACCUUUUACACUCCCAACACCUCGCCAGUCCUACAGCACAGUAAGAUCAUUGAUUGGAUUAUCUUUCUCUUUUCCAGAUGCUAAAAGAGAUUUACAAUGGUAACUUUCAAGGAAUGUAUGGAAUUUUACCAGAUGACAUCUAGUGGCCUUUUUGGGUACUGCUGAUUAUCAUAGGCGUCUGUAAUUAUCUCUGGCCCUCUGUGACCUUAUCAAGUAAAAUAGAUUACAAAAAAUCCAAUAUGAUGAUAAAAAAAUAAAUAAUAGAAUGACAAAGCUGUAAAACAUUAUCCUAAAUAUAAACCAAUUUAGUGUAUUAAAUAUGUGUUUUAAUAUGAGGAUUUCAGCAUGAAAAGAUCCUUUAUAUAUUUUUUACACACUUAUUUAUUUGACUAUAUCAAUAUGUCUUUGUUGUAAAUGUUUUGGGUACAGACUGGUUGCAGUUGUGAAAAAAAGACAAUAGUUGGAAGAGUAACAGAGUUAAUUGAAAAUAAGGCAAUUUUUGCAUUAAUAGGCUAUUUCCUCUUGAACCAUAUGGUCUAUCCACUAGAAACUCAUGGACAAUAUGGACACAGACAUAACAAAUGUAUACUUUAUAUAUGAAUAAAUAAAUACAUUGUAUUUAAGUAUAAAUGACCCAAGUUAUCAUGGAUUGCAAUAGAUUACCUGUUAAUUACCAUUAUUACUGAAUAAUCUGGUAAAUUACCAGUAGGUUUGCAACCCUAACUCUGACCUUAUCAUUGACCUGCUUGGCCUAUCUCAAUGUGACCAUUCAGGACCCAGACUCAGGAAUCAUCACCAGCACCAGCCCACCAUAGAGAGGCACUGAGAGAUCAGCUGACCAGAACUAACCUCCCAGACUCAGGACACUGGAGAACAGCCACCAACAGAAGGGAGAAGGGUCCUCCUUCGGACAUAACUCAGUCAUGUCUCUACUGUUGUAUGUGCACCCUACCAAACAAAGAAAAUGCUAACAAGUAGCCCACCGAUAAACAGUUCACCCAACCCUUCAAUGAGGAAAUGCUUCUGAAUUUUGCAUUUGGAUAUGAGUCUAUAUACAGUAGAUAAAGAUUCCUUAGAGACCUUGGCUUUGCAUGUAAAAUCCUAGUGUUUCCGGCAUGAAAUUAUUUGUAUUACAAUCUCCUUCUCUCCGACAAAUAGACAAUGACUUGUCACUGUUAAAUCAUUACUUUUUUCAAUAUAAAAGUGAUAUUAUUUUACGUUUUAAUAGGCUGAAGAUGUAAUAUUGUGUCCCAACUCUCAUGUACUGUAAAUGCUGUACAUAUAGUUUGUCUAUAAUUUAUUUGUCUACAGUGGUUUAUUUGUAUGUAUUACUGUACACCGUUGUCUUUGUGUUACAUUUGACUGUGUAUGUUCUUUCCAGAUCACCCUUUUGUAAACUGACAUACCCUGUAUAGAGAUGUUUUAAGUAAAAGUAAAUUCCAUGUCAAAAAGCAUCCUGUCUGUGCAUAUUUUAUCAUGUAUGGUUCAAAAGUCCAUAGUUAUAAACCAGAGAAAAUGGACGACCAUUGUGUUUCUAUUUACAUUAUAUUUUGUUUGGUGUGCAAACAAAAGGUUAGCUAGUAAAACACAGGUCUCCUGGGGACGUGUGGAAAUGCAAACACACCACCAGGCAACGCAGUCUGUCAGUGUUCUAUACCCAUGGUGCAUGGCGUCACACUUAUUCCCAUUCAACCCAACCAACUGGGUCUCUGUGUUUCUGCCUGUCUAACUACAGUAUGUGUGCACAUGCAUCUGAAUAUGACUCUGCUAUGGUCUCUCUAUCUCUCUAUAUAUAUAUUUUAUGUCUUUGGGUUCCUUUAACUUUUUCUUUUUAUGGAGGGAUCUUUUUUUAGUCAAAUUUAUUAUAUGAAAAAUGCCUUUGAAACGAAAUGCCUUUAUGCACAAAUAUUGAUAUAAUAACCAUCAUUUGGAAGUAAACUUGGAGUCACACAAUGACAUGGUGUGUGGUCCUCCCACUACAACUCAGGAAACCUGGCAGUUUAAAUGAGGCUACAGAUGAAAUAAGUUAUGAUGAACUUCACAGGGUGGUGAAAGUGCAUGGUAUGAGCUUGAUGCUCCUUUCCAAUAAAUGUUGAGGGUCUUAUGCUGGUGACAUGAUGAUCGAUGCUUGACAGCUGUUUUGACAAAUAAAAACAUUCUCACACUUAUCCAUAAUUACUGUAUCUGCGAGCUGUUGGCUAGAGCUCACAUGCCAAGACCAGAGUAUAGGCACAUUUACUAUUUAAUGCAACAGAUUUUGUGACAGAACUAUCGGUAGAGUUGAAAUGCGAUGGAAACACAUUGAACAUUAGAUUUCUAUUCUGUACAUGAAAACUUAAGUGUGUGUGCACUACGUCAUCACGCACUAAUUAUUAUCUGCAACAAGUCAGUUUGAUGGAAACAACUUGUGGGAAAAUGCGCAUAUUUUUUUAAUGCAGAUUUGAGAAUAUUCACAUGAAAAUCUUUUGCCAAAUUGGAUGGAAACCUAGCUUAUGACAGGUAACGGUGUAAAACACUUGUAUGAACAGUGAACGGCUGAAUGCUCUAGUAUACACUGUACUGGGAGUCCUGAAAGGCCUUGCUGCGAACAUAACCACCUCUAUCCAGCUCCAUCCUGGUUCAAGAGUAUGGUCCCUCAUGUUUAUGACCUUCCCUAGGGAGGGAGAGAGAGAGCGAGAGAGAAAUGAUG